CGUUGAGGUCCCAGUAACCCGACCUCAUUCUUGCUCUUGCAUCCCUUCCAACACUCGACCAGCACCGGCAAGCUCGCGGUACCAUGGUGAAAGGCCGAUUUACCAUCAACCCGUUCCCGGAUCUGAAAUUGUCUCCUUCUGACACGGGAAACCUGAGUGAAAUAGCAGGAUCUAUCCUCGAGGCAAACGUGCAGCGGUACGAGGACUUCCUCACGAAAGAGGGCAGGAGAAUCGACCCCAAUCACUGGAAAGUGCUGAAGACCAAGGAGAACUCGACCGUUUACACCGCUCGCCACCACGAUGUUUACCGUACAGGCACGCACAAGCACCAUGGACACAACUCGUCCUCUGAACUUCCGUCGUUGCUCAGUCUGGGAACGACCGUGGGUUCUUUAGAAGACAUGAUGUUCGGCGUCGUGAACCCCACGCUCGAGAUGAUGCGCAUCAAAGCUUCGUACGUCGACGAUCUGAGCGGAGCUGCAGUCCUAGCGAACCUGGAAGAGCCGUCGCUACAGGAUCCGUUCCGUUCCUUGGUCGUCAAGUGGAUGGAGAUUGAUAUUCCUCUUCACUCUACCAGCUUGGUCAAGAACCGUGACUAUGUCUACGUGGAAGCCACGGGGAUGAUGAACCUGUCGAGUGGUGAGCGCGUUGGCUAUCACGUUCUACACUCAGUAAAUUUUCCACAGACUCACGAACUUCCAGGUCGAGUUCGUGCCAACAUGUCCAUCUGUGGUUUCUUCCGUCAGGUCCGUCCAAAUGCGAUCGAAAUCUUCGUUUCGGGUCUCAUGGACCCGGGUGGUGACAUGAUCCGGGUGUUGGUGGUGCCCAGUAUCGCUUCCGUCUUCCUCGCCACCCUCAAAUAUGUACAUUGUGGCCAGAUGAGAAAACUAUCGUGGAUGCUUGAGAAACGCUACACUGAGGCCAAGGAACUCGGCACCCCUAAUAGGGAGCACAUUUGCGUCUCUUGUACGGCGCCGAUCACGAACCGAAAGAUCGGAGACUUCGGCAAGAGCAGCAGCACUUGUAAACUUUGUUUCGGCUACGUCUGCCACAAUUGCAAGAUCGAGAGGAAGCUGAGCUUUGUGACUCCAGAUCUGCUCCUGGCCCAGAGGAAGGUCACAUUUUGUGCGGUGUGUUUGAACGAUGCGAUCCGUGAGAACGCUUCCAUCGCUGCAAGAGGUCAGAUUCUUGCCACCGGUGGAGUAGUUAAGUCACUGCAAAAGCACUCAGCGGCGUCGAAUGCGUCGACAGUGUCUGGAUAUUCAUCCUCACACUAGCUAAGUAUGUCGAUUUCCUCACUAGAUGUAAUAGCGUUUGAUAGUAAAGUGCUGUUUGAAUCAUGAA